AUGUCAAGCUCGGGAGAGUUAGCCUUUGAUUAUGGCUUCUUGCUGCACACAAGUGAGGAGGCCACAGCCACCGUGGCUCUGAAUGAGUACCUGAGCUCCCGCAGCUACCUGGCUGGGUUCAGCCCCUCUCGGGUGGACCAGGAGGUCUUUGAGCUCCUGCAGAGGCCUCCGGCCCCGCAGCACGUGCACGCUCUGCGCUGGUAUAGGCACAUAGCAGCCCUGCAGCGGGACACCCCCAGCCCAGAUAGCAGCAUAAAAGGAAAGAGGGUCCAGCCCCCCUGGUCUGCCCCAGCCGGGUCCAACCUGCCAAAGCUGCGACUCUACAACAGCCUCACACGCACCAAGGAGUUGUUUGUUCCCCAGAAUGGAAACAAGGUGUCGUGGUACUGCUGCGGACCCACUGUCUAUGAUGCCUCUCACAUGGGACAUGCCAGAUCUUACAUAUCUUUUGAUAUCCUCCGAAGGAUUCUGAUGAACUAUUUCAAAUAUGACGUGUUCUACUGUAUGAACAUUACUGACAUAGAUGACAAGAUCAUCAGGCGGGCCAGACAGAACUACCUCCUGGAACAGUACAGGGAGAAGAAGCCAGCGGCUGCCCAGAUACUACAGGAUGUCCUUAGUGCCAGAGGGCCCUUCCAGGCCAAGCUGGCCGAGACCACAGACCCAGACAAGAAACAGAUGCUGGAGAGGCUGGACUCUGCCGUCGCUGCUGCCCUGGGACCCCUGCAGGGGGCGGUGGAGAGCAAGGCUGGGGAGGCUGACAUACAACGCCUGGCUCAGGUGUUACUGGAGAAGGCCAAAGACCUGCUGUCUGAUUGGUUGGAUGCUCAAUUUGGCAGUCAAGUGACCGAGAACUCCAUCUUCUCUCUUCUUCCAAAGUUCUGGGAAGGGGAGUACCACAACGACAUGGACGCCUUGAAUGUCCUUCCCCCGGACGUACUCACCCGCGUCAGCGAGUACUGCCCAGAGAUCGUGGACUUUGUGAAGAAGAUCCUAGACAAUGGCUUCGGGUACGAGUCCAACGGUUCAGUUUAUUUUGACACAGCCAAGUUUGACACCAGCCAGAAGCACGCGUACGGCAAGCUGGUACCUGAAGCGGUCGGGGACAUGAAAGCUCUGCAGGAGGGAGAGGGAGAUCUGAGUGUCUCAGCAGACCAGCUCAGUGAGAAGAGGUCGCAGAAUGACUUUGCCCUGUGGAAGGCCUCUAAGCCGGGGGAGCCGUCCUGGGACUCACCCUGGGGAAAGGGACGGCCUGGCUGGCAUAUCGAAUGUUCUGCUAUGGCUGGUUCCAUCUUGGGAGAGUCCAUGGACAUCCACGGAGGAGGGUUUGACCUCCGAUUCCCCCAUCACGAUAAUGAGUUGGCUCAGUCCGAGGCUUACUUUGAGAACGACCACUGGGUUCGCUACUUCCUGCACACUGGUCACCUGACCAUCGCAGGCUGCAAGAUGUCCAAAUCUCUCAAGAACUUCAUCACCAUCAAGGAUGCCCUGGCAAAGAACACAGCUCGGCAGCUCCGUCUAGCCUUCCUGAUGCAUUCCUGGAAGGACACCCUGGAUUACUCCUCCAACACCAUGGAGUCAGCUGUCCACUAUGAGAAAUUCCUGAAUGAGUUUUUCCUCAACGUCAAAGACAUUCUCCGAGCUCCCUGUGACAUCACCGGACAGUUUGAGAAGUGGGAGGCAGCGGAGAUGGAGCUCAACGAGAGUUUCUAUGAGAGGAAGGCAGCAGUCCACGAGGCGCUGUGUGACAACGUGGACACGCGCUGCACCAUGGAGGAGAUGAGGGCGCUGGUGACCCAGAGCAACACCUACAUAGCCAGUAGGAAGAGCUCCAAGCUGCAGCCCAACCGCAUGCUGAUGAAGAGCAUCGCUCUCUACCUGACUGACAUGCUCAAGACCUUUGGGGCCAUUGAAGGGUCCGAGCCUAUUGGAUUCCCAGUGGGAGGAGAUGGUCACCAUGUGGAUAUGGAGACCACAGUGAUGCCCUAUCUGAAGGUGCUGUCAGACUUCAGAGAAUCUGUUCGCAAAAUCGCCAGAGAACAGAAUGUGACAGAGGUGCUACAGCUGUGUGACGUGGUCCGUAAUGACACCUUACCUGAGCUGGGGGUGCGUCUAGAAGACCAUGAAGGUCUUCCCACUGUGGUGAAGCUGGUGGAUAAAGAGACCCUGCUGAGGGAGAGGAAUGAGAAAAAGAAGAUGGAGGACGAGAAGAAGAACAAGAAAGAGGAGGCUGCCAAGAAGAAGCAGGAGCAGGAGUUGGCCAAACUUGCAAAGAUGAAAAUCUCCCCAUGCGAUAUGUUCCGCUCUGAAACCGACAAGUAUUCCGGCUUUGAUGAAACGGGUUUCCCCACGCGUGAUGUGGAGGGGAAGGAUCUCAGUAAGGGACAGACCAAGAAGCUGCGGAAACUCUACGAGGUCCAGGAGAAACUGCACCAAGAGUAUCUCCAGACCAAUCAGAAUGGCUGCUGAGAGUCCUGGGCCACGUUCAGUUGUCAAACGUUCUGGAAUGUUGCAGAUAGUUACGCCACUAUUGGAGCCGACAUGAUUCCUUAAUCUACAUGUCAGAGAGAAGCAUGUUUGUUCUACAUAGCAUAUUUCUAUCUGAACGUUCCCGAAACGUUGCGUCCUGCUGAACGCGCCCCCUGGAGGACGCUACUCCGCCCCUCCCACGCUCCGCCCAUAGCGAUAGUUUUGUCGUUAUUCAGUUCCUCUAAUAAUUGUUUUGCUAAAUCAACAAUUCCCUGCAUAUUAUGUGAGGGCUUGCAAAUUUGACCAAUCACCGCACUAUUUCUGAAUAAAGCAGUCAAAUCGUCGCAAUAUUAUCUCAUAAAAUGUACCCAUCACCGCAGUACAAAAAAGAGCGCUUGCCAUUUCAACCAAUCACCUCACAUUUACCGCAUAAUAUAGUUCAUCCAAGCCACACGACAAAACUCUUCCCUCAAUCAGAAUGGCAGAAUUACAGCAGCAAAAUAAAGCUUUUUUUUCUCUCUCAGCAAAUUACACAAAAAAUCACUGUGAAUUCCUGGAGGGCCUGACUAUUGGUGAUGCUGAGGCCAGAGAGACCCUGGGUGUGUUUCAAUAGUCUAAAGAAUGAUCUCUUUGUUAGCCUCCUCUGAGUUGACACGUCAGGACGGUGAAGGUAAUAUGGUGGAUGGUUGUUUUCUCCUCUCCUCCUCUUUUACUUGAGAGCAGGUGGAAGGUGAGGAGAUGAAUCCACUCUCCCACUGUUUUUAAGACCUUGGCACAAAACCUGGGCUCCUUUGCACUGCACUCCAUGGGGUCACUUUAAACGGUUGGUUCAAUCAAAAUCACUAAUUGAUACAUUUUUUUUUUUUUUUUGGUGAUUGACCGCAACUACGGUUUGCAUUCAGUUACUUUCCUACAGCUACCAGCGGCUAAGAUUGGUAUUGAUAACCUUUAGCUUGAACUAAAUUGCGUGCCAAAAUGAACUCUGCGUAAAACCACACCUGGGGGUAAUCGAUGGCGAUGCUAAAGUGUGUCUGUGGUUGUUUUAGCUAAUUAAUAAUAACCUACUAGUUGUAGACUCUCCCUGGCCCGCCGACAACCUGCAAGCUGAAAACAUGACAUUCAGGUGAACUAUCCCUGUAGGCAACAGGUUGUCUGUUGAAAGGGGAAAUGAGUCCUCUGAAACCCUUUGUUGGCCCAGGCUUCCAUGUGCUGUAGAUUGACUAGUCACACCAUGAUAGUUUUAGCUCUCCACUGCAAAGUGCUGUUAUUGGUUGGCAGCGUGUCAUACAGCCGUCCAUUGAGGUUUCAUUUCCCUCUCCCCAUCAUGACUGCAUAUCAUUCCUUUUUUUAUUCUGAUAUUAUGACUGAGAGGACAGUGAAGUUGAAUUAAUGCACGAUUGCAAUGCAGAGAUGAUUACAGAAACAUUUGUUACAGAGGCUUCCUUGGGGGUUUUGGUCUUUUACAUGACAAAAUAACAUGCUUUGAGCAGGUGUUAGGCAUGUUGCAACGAUAGCAGAGGGAUGAGAAAUCUUUUAUAGGAAUAUGGAAUGUGUGAGACCUUGAAAUAAACAUUUUAACAAAA